GGGUAUAUGUGAAAUUUAGAAUAAGUCAUGGAUGCACGUGUAAAAUUAUCCUCCUCGUCCAAUAUAACUUCGACCCCCAGCGAACCCUAUCCUGCCGAGUGUUAUUAUUGUUCUGCUACGCCGUAGGCGGCGGCCAAGAGAAGCAAGAUUUGGGUCUUUUUUGUUCAUGGCGGCGGCGUACGGAGCAAUGAAACCGACCAAGUUGGGGCUUGAAGAGCCCCAGGAGCAGCUCCACCGUAUCCGGAUCACCCUAUCCUCCAAGAACGUCAAGAAUCUCGAGAAGGUUUGUGCGGAUCUGGUGAGGGGAGCGAAGGACAAGCGGCUGACCGUGAAGGGGCCCGUGAGAAUGCCCACCAAGGUCCUCCACAUCACCACCAGGAAAUCUCCUUGUGGCGAAGGAACCAACACAUGGGAUCGAUUUGAGCUCCGUGUACACAAGAGGGUGAUCGAUCUUGUCAGCUCUUCCGAGGUUGUGAAGCAGAUUACCUCGAUCACCAUCGAACCUGGGGUGGAGGUCGAAGUGACAAUUGCAGAAUCGUAAGCUUGUCUUCGUUGAGUAAUCCAAUAGUUUAUUUUUGUGACAUUAUAUUCCAAGGGAGAUAUAAAAUCCAACUGUCGUAAUAAAAUUUUGAUCUGUUGCCGCAGUUCUAAGUUAA